AUGCCACCCAAACGCAAGCGGUCGUCUGUCGAUACCGCGCAAUCGAGGGGAGAGAUGCCACCACCCUCACCUCCCAAGCGCAGAGCAUCAACUCGCAACUCCGCCUCUGCCGCCACUGUCAAUCCAGAUGUCAGCGGCGAGGUGAUCGAUGCGCCGAACGCAGCACGCGCUUCUCCGUCGAAGGAGAUCAAUGAGGAGAUUGUUCCAUCGCUGGUCAAACAAGAGAACGGGACAACAGGCGAAAGUCCUCUGAGCGAUGCGCCGGAUGUUAUUGAGGCGCCGCCGAAGAAACGAGGCCGACCGAAGAAGGCGAGCGUGGAAGAACAAGUCAAAGGCAUUGAGAAUGCGAUUGAUACUGUUGUUCAAGAGGCUGCGGACGAUGCUGCCCAGCCGAAGAAGGGCAAGGGUGGGAAGAAGCUGGUGAAGCAGGAGGUUAAACAGGAAGACACUGAGGCGCAAGCGACAACAUCUACUGCAGCGCCAGCCACGGCAGCACCAAAGAAAAAGAAAGGCUCGAACGAUGAGCCUGCGGAUCCGGAGGCAGAUGAAGACGAAGAAGCGGACGAGGAGGAGGUCAAAGAAGCUCUGUCUCGGCCACCACCUGUCAACAGCGACUACCUUCCACUGCCAUGGAAGGGCAGGCUGGGAUAUGCUUGUCUCAAUACAUAUCUCCGCAUGUCCAAUCCUCCUGUGUUCAGCUCAAGGACGUGCCGGAUCCAGUCGAUACUCGAACAUCGCCAUCCUCUCCAGGAUCCAACCCAGCCAGAACAUCCUACCAAAAACCGCCCGGAUCGUAACAAGCCAGCCGACGUGGAGCUGGGAAAGCGGUAUGUUGAGGCAUUAUGCCUCGCUAACGUCAAGGACAUUAUCAAAAUGGUGAGGUGGAAUGAUCGCUACGGUAUCAAGUUCUUCCGUCUCAGCAGCGAGAUGUUCCCGUUCGCUUCGCACCCGGAGUAUGGCUACAAGCUUGCACCCUUUGCAUCUGAAGCUCUUGCAGAAGCCGGAAAGGUCAUAGCAGAGUUGGGCCACAGAGUCACAACUCAUCCUGGCCAAUUUACUCAGCUUGGGAGUCCAAGGUCAUCGGUCAUCGACAAUGCCGUUCGCGAUCUGGAGUACCACGAUGAGUUGCUAUCCCUCCUCAAGCUUCCAGAGCAGCAGGACAAAGACGCCGUCAUGAUCCUGCACAUGGGCGGUGUCUUUGAAGGCAAGGCAGAAACCCUACAGCGGUUCCGAGAGAACUAUGCCAAGAUGCCGCAGGGAGUCAAGGAUCGCCUUGUCCUUGAAAACGAUGAUGUAUCUUGGACAGUCCACGAUCUACUGCCGAUCUGUGAAGAGCUGAACAUCCCAUUCGUGCUCGACUACCAUCACCACAACAUCAUGUUCGAUUCCUCGCAAAUCCGGGAAGGAACCGCUGAUAUCGUUGAGCUCUACCCGCGCAUCAAGGCGACGUGGGACAGGAAGGGCAUCACGCAGAAGAUGCACUACUCUGAGCCCACUCCUGCUGCCAUCACCGGGCGGCAACGGCGAAAGCACAACCCACGGGUGGCGACGCUGCCGCCAUGCGCCGUGGACAUGGACCUUAUGAUUGAGGCGAAGGACAAGGAGCAAGCUGUGUUUGAGCUUAUGCGGAUCUUCAAGCUUCCCGGCUACGACACCUUCAACGACGUGAUACCAUACACGAGAAACGAUGACAACAAGGCUGCCGAUGCUGCUGCCAAGAAGAAAGCUCGAACGAAGAAGAAGGCGGCGGACGAAGAGGAAGAGCAGCCUGCACAACAACUUAUCCCGGAUGACGAGGUCGGCAUGGGUGGGCCGGAGGGCAGGGUCUACUGGCCGCCGGGCAUGGAGGAAUGGUUAAGGCCGAAGAAGAAAGAGGUGAAGAAGAAGGAGCCUGGUGAGAAGACAGCUGCUCAGAUCAAGAAGGAGAAGACGCAGGCGGAGAAGUUGUAUGCGGCGCGGGAAGCUGAGAAGGCUGGGGCGAACGGCGUAUCUACGGCUGAAGGCGCGGAUAGUGAUGUUGAUGCGACGCCCGCGACGAAGAAGGCAAAGGCUGCGAUGAAGAAGAAGGAGCAAGCGAAGGCUGCAAAGACUGCCACUGCUACUACCGAGUCUGCUCCACCGAAGAGCAGUGCGAAGAAGACCAAGGUCAAGAAAGAGGCUCCUAUGCCGAGCCCACCGAGCGAGGAGUCGGAGGAGCCUGAGGAGCCUGAGCUGGAUGACGAGGAUGAUGAAGAGCCUGUCGUUCCGGCGAAGAGGUCAGCCGCAGGUGGCAGGAGAGCAGGCGGCAGGAAGGCGAAGCAAGCGGUCAGCUAUAACGAAGAUGACGCGGAGAUGGACGAGGAGUAG